AUGGGUAAAGAUUUAGUGGUUGAAGGCUUGAAUUUGAGUCCCCGAACUGAUUUCGUGGCUCACCAUUGGAUGCGUUCCAGAGUGUCAUUAUGCUUUUGGACUCUAUCACUUGUUUUCACUCAUUUGUUUGUUUCUGCCAAUUCACUCCGUGUCUUAUCUUAUGUUUGGCCGUUGUUGAUUACUGUUUUCUUGUUUACACCUCUUGGAUCUGGACCAGGAUAUCCACAUAGAUCCAUUAUUUAUGCUGGUAUUUCACGCUGUCCAGCACUUCCUGUCAUGGCGCGGCUUGCAGUUUUUUCACGUUCCGCAGACACUACGAUGCAGACUGUAUCCAACCAACCGAAAGAGAAACCUAAGGCCGUACAAGUGUUUGGGCGGAAGAAAACAGCAACAGCUGUCGCUCACUGUAAACUCGGGUCUGGAACCAUCAGAGUGAACGGCAGACCAUUGGAUGUACUGGAACCACGUCCUUUGUUACCCAAACUAAUGGAGCCCAUCCUACUCCUUGGAAAACACGGAUUAUCUACUUUGGACAUCAGAGUUCGUGUCAGUGGUGGUGGCCGAGUGGCUCAGAUAUAUGCUGUCAGACAAGCUAUUGCUAAAUCAGUUGUAGCAUUCCAUCAAAAAUACGUCGAUGAGUGUUCUAAGAACAUAAUUAAGGAGAAGUUCGUUCAGUAUGAUAGAAGCUUAUUAGUUGCUGAUCCAAGAAGAUGUGAACCAAAGAAGUUUGGCGGCUCCGGAGCUCGUGCAAGAUACCAGAAAUCAUACCGUUAA